CAAAAUUUUGGGUCUAAUGUUUAUCUAGAUGAUUUCUUACUUCUUGGAGACUCGUUUCGCGAUUGUUUAUCUAAUGUUGCCACUACAAGAUCUCUACUGGAAGAACUAGGGUUCAUUAUAAACGAGAAAAAGAGCCGAUUUACACCCAGUCAGAGUAUACAGUACCUAGGCCUUGUUUUUAAUUCUCGCUCGAUGACAGUUAGUCUUCCAGUUGAGAAGCAAAAACGUAUUCUGCAAGAUAUCCACACUUUAGAGACUAAACUUAGUUGCAAAAUUAGAACCUUCGCAAAAUUCAUUGGUAGGAUUAUUGCAGCAACGCCUGCGGUUCGUUAUGCGAUGCUGUACACUAAGAAUUUUGAAAGGCAAAAAUUCUUAGCUCUUAAAAAGUCAGGGGGGGAGUACAACAGUACUAUGACAAUUCCCUCCACACUGCGGCACGAUUUUCUUUGGUGGAAGUCUCACAUUCAGGAAAGCAGAUGUAUUAGACCCAUAAAUUACACAAUGGAGAUUUUUAGUGAUGCAUCUCUUUCGGGCUGGGGAGUAGCUUGUUCAGGUAAAAGGUCUCAUGGAUUCUGGACACGAAUGGAAAGCAAAAAUCAUAUCAAUUUUUUGGAGUUGCAGGCAGCCUUUUUUGGUUUGAGGUGCUUUGCAGCUAAUUUUAAACAAACCAAUAUUUUACUCAGAAUAGACAAUACCACUGCUAUAUCUUAUAUAAACAGAAUGGGGGGUGUCCAGUAUCCACAUUUAAAUACGUUGACUCGAGAUAUUUGGCAGUGGUGUGAGAAACGCGAAUUAUGGAUUUUUGCUUCGUAUAUUCAAUCUUCCGAUAAUGUUGAAGCAGAUCGCGAAUCGAGGCGUAAGGUUUCUGAAUCUGAAUACGAGUUAUGUGAUCUUGCCUUCCGGAAAAUCUGUACCGAUUUAAGACAUCCAGACAUAGAUUUUUUCGCUUCUAGAACCAAUAAUAAGUGUGAACGAUAUUUUUCCUGGCUUAGGGACCCAGGAGCAGAAGCAGUGGAUGCCUUCACUGUAAAUUGGGUUGAUAAAAAUUUUUAUGCUUUCCCUCCUUUCGCGUUAAUUCUCAGAGUACUUCAGAAAAUUAAGUCCGAUAACGCGGAAGGGGUUUUGGUUGUUCCCUUUUGGCCUACACAACCUUGGUGGCCAUUAUUUAAUGCAUUAUUAAUUAAACCACCUAUUUAUUUCAAACCUAAUCCUAACUUGUUGUUAUCUGCUGAUAGGACGCCACAUCCGCUGCACGUAACCCUUACCCUGGUAGCAGGACUGUUAUCAGGCUAGCCUUAGAAAACAAGGGAAUUCCAGAGA